AUGAGUCGCAUCCGAGACUGGCUUCACCGGAGAGUGGAGAAGAGAAUAACCCGCCAACGGUGGAAUAAGCGGCCGGUAUCUCCUCCGAAGAGUAAAUUUCUCCCAGCGCAGCCUCCUUCGACCGGCAAGAUAGAUGACUACCUCGUAUCCCAUUUCUCUUCAAGUACCUUUUUCAAGCGACUUCCCCCGGAAAUUCGGCGCAAGAUCUAUGUCCAUGCUUUUGGCCGUCGCACGUACCACAUGGAUUUCCGAUAUUCCGGGCCCGACUGCCGUGGUACCGAUCCCAAAUUCCACGCGGGCAUCGAUUUCGUGGCGAACAUGAGCCACGAUCCCGAAACGUCAGAGUCGCAGGAAUGGCGCUGGUGGGGGUCGGUCUGUCAUCGGAGCCCUAAUCAGCCGUGGUUCUACGACUCGUGUCGCUCUGGUCGAGGAGUCUGUUGCACGAUGCCCGGCGUGCCGGCUAUUUGCCGUGUGGGCGCCAUGGGAUGGCUGCUAACCUGCCGACAAGCCCACGCGGAAACCAUCGACUUGCUCUAUUCGAAUAUCUUCUACGUCGAGAGUACCGUGUUGCUUCGCUUUUUCCCCCAGUUGGUCCCCGCGCCUCGCUUGUCUCGAGUCACCGGCCUUCUACUGGAUCUGACCCUCGAGCUGUUCGACGACCGUCUGGUCGGGACGGCCCGAGAUCGCAUCGAAGGUUGGCCCGCUUUCGAUCAAAUAACCUCGGUCCUGGGAUCGGGGACGUUUGGUGAACUGCGGGAAUUGAGUAUCUCCAUCUACGAUUAUACUCCAAAAUCAGAUCCCUUAUCUUCGAAGGAGCUAGCAACACUUGAGCGUUUGCUGAAUAAUUUCGAUUGGCUGCUUCCGAGAAUUGGCUCUGAUUUUCAGAAAUUAGAGAUUAGCAUCACGGCUCCUUUGUAUACAUCUGCAAGGCAAAUAACGGCGCGAGAUGAUGGUUCAGCUCAUGACACAUCGGAAACUGCGAGCUCGACCCGCUUCUGGCGACCUGUACUCCCCCCCAGGCAUAUCGAGAUACCGGAAGUUACAUCGCGAGGUUUUGGCUAUUGGAUCUCUAGGGGAAAGGAAGAGCCGCACUGGUUUCACCAAACAAAUUGUUUUGGCUCAUAA